AUGGAGAAAACUUCUCCGGGGCAAACUGAGACCGUCUCUGCUGUUCCAGUACCAUAUAGCAUUUUCACUCUCCGCCAGAAAGCAUUGAUUGUCACCAUCGUCUCCGUCGCAGCGACGUUCUCCGGCUUCUCUUCAAAUAUAUACUUCCCAGCUAUCCCCACCAUUGCGAUCGACCUCUCAGUUUCUCCUGAAUUAAUCAAUCUCACGGUCACAUCAUACCUAAUUUUUCAGGGGUUGUCGCCAAGCAUCUGGGGUGCAGUGGCUGAUGUUCAUGGUCGAAGAGUCACCUACAUUAUCACGUUUAUCGUUUACAUAGGAGCUUGUAUCGGCCUCGCUGAGACGAAGCAUUACUAUCAAUUAGUGAUCUUGCGAUGCCUCCAGAGCACUGGCAGUGCGAGUACCAUUGCUAUUGGCGCAGGUGUGGUAGGUGACAUCACCAGGCGUGAGGAGCGAGGGGGAUAUAUGGGCAUCUAUCAGGCUGGAUUAUUAUCCCCCGUAGCUGUUGGCCCGAUUAUUGGGGGCGUUUUUUCCCAGACGCUGGGGUGGAAGGCAAUAUUCUGGUUCCUGACUAUUUUCGGCGGAUGUUUUCUUCUCUUUCUGUUCCUUAUCCUCCCGGAAACCCUGCGAUCUCUCGUCGGCAAUGGCUCCCUACCUGCAAAGGGGCUUGCAAAUUCGCCUCUUGCCUAUUUUCAACGCCGCCGUCUCAAUCGGGGCGAUACAUCUUCUGCUUCAGAAACACCUGUUGUUCCCUCGCAGCGACCCAGCCAGAAAUUACCCGUAAAUUUCUUAGGCCCACUCCAGAUCAUCUUCGGGUUCGAAGUCACCUAUAUCAUUCUCUUCUUGGGAAUAGGUUACACAGCUUGGCAGGUGGUUAUUACAGUCAUGUCAACACUCUUCAAGAAGACCUACGGUCUUACCGACCUCCAGAUCGGACUAACCUUCAUUUCCAACGGCGUGGGUUGCAUCGUCGGAACUCUUACCACCGGGCGAUUCCUCGACUGGGACUAUCGUCGAAUCAAGGAGAACUAUACUGGACCCCCCGAGGACUUCCCGCUCGAGUAUGCCCGGUUAAGGACCGUCUGGCUAUGGAGCGGUCUUGAAUGUGCAACGACUCUCAUAUUCGGGUGGACGCUCAACUACCAUGUCCACAUUUCCGUUCCUAUCAUAUGUACUUUCUUUGUGGGGUGGUCUGCCACUUCGGUCAUUAGCGCUACGACUACAUAUAUGGUUGAUGUGUUUCCCAAACAGGGCGCGUCUGCAACCGCGGCCUUGAAUCUCGUUCGAUGUCUGAUGGCAGCUGGGGGUACGGCUGCCGCAUUGCCAAUCGUGAAUGCGAUAGGUGUGGGUUGGACGUUUACUUUAGUCGUGGGUCUCAUGUUAGGUAGUUUGGGGCUUGUGGUGGUACAACUCCAGUACGGAGUCAAAAGAAGGAGAAGGAGAGAACGCCGAGAGAAAGAGGAGGCAGAGGAGGCAAAGGAGUGA